AUGACGGCCGCGGCCCCAACAUCGGCUUCAUUCCCGGGCACCGGUCCCGGCCCCAUCGCCGGCCGCGGUCCCGGCGGCGGCGGAACCUUGUGGCGGCGGAACGCGCGGGCGCGGGGCGCGGUUUCCGUGCCGCGCCGGGCCGGCCCCGCCGCCAUGGCCGCGGUGCCGGCGGAGCGGGAGAGGCCCCGGCGGCGGGAGGAGCGGGCCGGGGGCGCGAAGCGGCGGCGGGAGGAGCCCCCUCAUGAACCACCGGAGGAGUCCCCGGAGAGGCCGGGAGACACCCCGCGGGAGUCCCCGGCCGAGCCCGGGUACCUGGCGCUGGCCCGCGGGCUGCUGGCCGGCGGCGCCCCGGCCCGCUGCAGCCCCGCGCCCGCCCGGCCCGCCGGGGAGCCCGCGGGGGAUGGAGCCGGAGAUGGGGACGAUCUGCUGGGACAGCUGAUCCGAGACCUGAAUGAAAUCAAUGAGGUUCCUUUCUUUGAUGUGCAGCUGCCUUAUGAGCUGGCACUGAAGAUAUUCCAGUACCUGGGUAAGGCUGAGCUGGGAAGGUGUGCUCAGGUCAGCAGGACGUGGAAAAUCCUUGCAGAAGAUGAAGUGUUGUGGUACAGGCUGUGCCAGCAGGAGGGAUACCUGUUGGACACGAGCAUCUCUGACCAUUCCUGCUGGAAACUUGCCCUCAAAAACUGCAGAGCCAGAGAGCACAUGCUGAAAACCAACUGGAAGAACCGCGUGGGUGCCGUGAGCCAACUGCGCUACGAGCCCGGCCGGGUCCUGUGUGCCGUGAGCUGCUGCGACGGCGUGGUCAUGGCUGGGUACAGCUCAGGGGAGGUGAGGCUGUGGGACACUCGCACCUGGGACUACACAGCUCCUGUGCUGGCAGCAGUGGCAGGGGCUGGAGCCCUGCCACACGUCUCCUUUGUGAGGAUAAACAGCUCCCUGGCCGUGGCAGCCUACGAGGACGGCACUGUGAGUGUUUGGAGCCUGCUGCUGGGCCAGGAGCCCAUCCAUCACUUCCAGCACAACCAGCACAUCCAGGCCCUGGCGCUGGCCCCGGGCGGCGCCGCCGUGGCCACGGCCUCCGGCUUCCAGGUCAAGGUGGAGAGCCCUGACGACAAAGGAUUCUGGCAAACCUCAGGAACCUUUGAAAUCCAGAAAUUGGUCAACUUCCUUAAUCUGGUUCCAGAUGUCACAGGGAGACCAGUGGCAGUGGCAGCUGCAGAGGACAUUGUCUAUCUCCUGAAAGCAGAAGAUCCUGGCAGAAUUCUGCACUCUGUCUAUGGUCAGCCUGUCACCUGCCUCGAUGUGGCUGCUCACCAAACAGCCUUUGGCAUCAAAACCUUUGGCUGGUUAUUGAAUGAGCCCAACCAGGUCCUUCUUUACAACCUAGAAACAAACCAGUGUGUGACCAAGGUGGGCAACUCCAUCGGUGACUUCUCCUGUGUCAACCUCCACAGCAGCCCCCCCAAUAUGCUGGUGGCAGGCAACAAGGACAGAAGGGUGAGGGUGUUUGACCUGCGCUGUGCCCAGGCCGUGUGCUCUGUGUAUGGCCACCAGCUGGGAGUGUCUGCAGUGCAGAUGGACGAGUGGAAAAUCGUCAGUGGAGGGGAGGAGGGGCUGGUGUGUGUGUGGGACCAACGCAUGGCCACCAAACUCUGGGAGAUGCACGCCAGACAUCCAGUCCGCCACGUGUGGUUCAAUUCCCACAGCCUGAUCACUGCCAACAUCCCCGAGGAGAAGAACCCCCGAGGCUCCAGCAUCAGCGAUGAUGACCCCAGCUUGCACCGAAAGUACCGAGGGGUCAUUUAUUCCUACGAGUUCUCUGUGGACCAGCUGGCUGUGGACAGUGUCCUCCCCAUCUGCCGCUCCUCCUACGAUGAGCUGACAGGUUACAACUACAACAUCGGCCUGGCAGUGCCCUACGACAGCAUCUAGGGCACAGGAGCGCCCCUGGGGCCAGCCUGGCACACAGGCAGAGGAAAAUCCGUGUGGGACAAGCAGCCAAAAGCUGGUGUGGGCUGCAGAAAGCCCUGGGGAUGUGAACCCCAACAGAGCGUGGCUGUCCUGGAGCACCCGCUGGAAUUGUCACUCUGGACACGUCCAGAGGUCCAGCCUGGGGGAGUGAAGAGGCUGAGGAGGGACAGGGAGCACUGCAGGGUAAACAGAAAUAUUCCUGCUGCUUGUGGGAAGGAUGUUGCAGGUCCCAUUUUGGUCAGGAAGCCAGAGUGGGACACUGGAGGGGUGGGAGCUCUCUGAGGAGUUCUUGCCUACCCCAAGAGGGAAAAAAAAAAGUCACCAAGGACUUGGAAAAAGCAUGUGCUGAGCCACAUGUUUGAAAUGUCUGUCCUGCUACUGAGCUGCUCGUUUUUGUUUUCCUUGGAAUGUGCCUGGGAACAGGACAACAGGCCUGUGCACAAAAGGUUAUGGUGGCUGGGAGAGGGAUUGAGAUGGAGAGAGGGAGGGAGGGGAAGGUUCCCUAGGCCAGGCUGGGUGCUUGGGAACUCAGCAGGCCACACACAUCAAGAUUAUUUUAGAAUAAAUUAUUUUUUUAAUUCUUUAAAGUCCUGGAUUAAAUGUUUUCUAAUUGUAUGUGUACAUGUUUCUGUGGAAUUUUGUUCCUGAGCCUUUUAGGGUGAGCUGACCCCUGUUCACUGGGACAGAGGUCUGGCUCAGGUUGUCACAUGUGCUCUAUCUGGAUCAUGUCCUUCCACAGCACCUGGAGGGUUUUCAGUGCUGUCCUUGCAUCCAAGCUGGGAAUUGAUCGUGGAACAGAAGGGAUGAAGUGGCCACAGUGCCCUCCCUGGGUAUGGAGCCCCAGAGCUGUGGGGAAGCACCAGGUGAAGGGCAGGGUUCAGCUGGAAACAAAGAGUGAGGCUUUACCUUAAGCCCGGGUAGCACUGACAGGUAAAACCAGUUUGGAGAACAAGAGCUCCAGUCCAGGAUAGAUCUUUUUACUAAUCUAAAACUAUUUUAAUUUUUGUGAUUUGUUCUUGUAAACUUACUGGUGCAAACCAAAGCUGUGUCAGUUCUGUUUAAGUUGAGGUUAAGUUUUAACUUACACCUUUUUUCCUGGGUUAGUGGAAUCAGUAUAAAGUACUGGGGAGAGGUGGAGGAAUGUGCCCAAACCUGCAGGAGAGGGGCUGGGCUGGCACUUCACCCCUCUGCAGUCACUGAGACAGCCCUGGGUUUCACUGCUUUUCCUUCUUUGCCUUGGGGUGCUUUCCCAUGACCCCUAGGCUAAAAUUUCACGUUUUAGGUUUUUAAGUUACCUUUUUCCAUGUGAUGGAUACACAAAAAAGUGCAAAGGGCAAAGCCAUUCUGUCUGACCAAUAAAUUUGAUCUGUCAUAAA